AUGUUUUUAACUCGAAGUGAAUAUGAUAGAGGUGUAUCCACCUUCUCACCAGAAGGAAGACUUUUCCAAGUCGAAUAUUCACUUGAGGCAAUUAAAUUAGGAUCAACCGCAAUUGGUAUACAAACAAGCGAGGGUGUCAUUUUGGGCGUUGAGAAACGUGUUACCUCAUCUCUACUUGAAUCUUCAUCGAUUGAAAAAAUUGUUGAAGUAGAUCACCACAUAGGAUGUGCCAUGAGUGGUUUGACCGCCGAUGCAAGAUCAUUAAUAGACCAUGCUCGUGUGUCUAGUUUGACGCACAACUUGUACUACGACGAAAACAUUGGGGUUGAAAGCUUAACGCAAAGUGUUUGUGACUUGUCAUUACGAUUCGGAGAAGGUGCAGACGGUGAAAAGAGGUUGAUGUCGAGACCGUUUGGUGUUGCUUUGUUGAUCGCGGGGUUUGAUAAAGAAAAGGGCCCUCAGUUAUACCAUGCUGAGCCUUCAGGAACAUUUUACAGGUACGAUGCAAAGGCAAUUGGGUCAGGGAGUGAAGGGGCUCAAGCCGAGCUAAACAACGAAUAUCACAAGAGUUUAACAUUGAAAGAUGCUGAAUUGUUGGCUUUGAAGAUUUUAAAACAGGUUAUGGAAGAGAAGUUAGAUUGCAAGAAUGCACAAUUAGCUAGUGUUACUGAAGCAGAGGGGUUCAAGAUUUAUAGCGAUGAGAAAACGGAUGCAAUCAUAAAAGUAUUGAAUGAGCAAGCUACGGAUGAAGAUACUUUAAUGAGCUGA